AUGCCAGAAAUGGACAUUCUGGGUAAACAGUCUUACUUCCAAGACAACACUACGGGCCUGCGGCCUUACAACAGGAGACAGAAUGGGGGUGGCGAGGCACCACCAAGCCCAGAGCGGCCCCUGCUCCUCCGCCCCACGCCGCAGAGACCUCUUCUCCCAAGCCAGCCCAAAGAGCGUUGGGUGGGCGAGCCUGGGACCAGGGCCCAGCGCCCCCUGCUCCCCAUCAAUCUCUCCCGGUUCUCGGGCGCGGGGGGCUCUUCCUCCUCCCAGCCCCCUGCGGCGCUGGGUGCCAGCCAGGCGACGACUCUCACCGCCGCUCGGCGCGGCGGGGCGCGGGGCUCCCAGGGGCUCCGGGCGCACAAAGCUCACCCCGACCACGCUCCCCGCCUCGGCGGGGCCGCGCGGCUGGACCGCACGCCCUCGGCCCCCACCCCGGAGCCCACCCCACACCCCUCCCCGUCUGGCCCGCUGCCGGCCCCCGUACCUGCUCCCAGCGCUCGGCCGCAGGCGCCGCCACCCUGGGCGCCCGCCGGGAGAGGUCAUGGAACAUCCUUUAAUAUCGACUGCAAUGUCUGUUCUUGCUUUGCUGGCAAUUUGGUGUGUUCUACCCACCUGUGCAUCAGUGAGCACAGUUCAGAAGAUGACUGUCGCACCUUCACAGGUCUGCCCUGUAACUGUGCAGAGCAGUUUGUCCCCGUGUGUGGGCAGAACGGACGCACUUACCCCAGUGCCUGCAUUGCUCGCUGUGUGGGCCUCCAAGACCAUCAAUUUGAGUUUGGAUCAUGCAUCUCAAAGGAUCCUUGUAAUCCUAACCCCUGCCCCCAAAACCAAAGAUGCAUACCCAAACCACAAGUCUGCCUGACGACUGUUGAUAAAUUUGGAUGUAGCCAACAUGAGUGUUUGCCCAGACAGCUCACCUGUGACCAGGCCCGCGAUCCUGUGUGUGACACAAACCACCUGGAGCACAGCAACCUCUGCACUUUGUACCAGAGAGGGAAAAGCCUCUUGUACAAAGGCCCGUGCCAGCCCUUCUGCAGAGCCGCAGAGCCCGUCUGCGGGCACAAUGGGGAGACCUACAGCAGCGUGUGUGCCGCCUACUCGGACCGGGUGGCGGUCGAUUACCACGGGCCCUGCCAGGCCGUCGGGGUCCUCUCAGUGUCCAGUUCUGUCUCCGAAUGUGCUGCGGUGAAGUGUCCUUCGCUCUCAGCGACUGAGUGCAAACCCGUCAUCCCACCCGGUGCUUGUUGCCCAUUAUGUGCCGGGAUGCUAAGAGUUUUAUUUGACAAAGAAAAGCUGGAUACUAUUGCUAAGGUAACAAACAAAAAGCCGAUAACAGUUCUGGAAAUACUUCAGAAAAUCCGCAUGCAUGUGUCUGUCCCACAGUGUGACGUAUUUGGAUACUUCAGCAUUGAGUCAGAAAUUGUUAUUCUGAUUAUUCCCGUUGAUCAUUAUCCAAAAGCUUUGCAGAUUGAGGCCUGCAAUAGAGAGGCAGAGAAGAUCGAGUCCCUUAUCAACUCCGACAGCCCUGCUCUGGCAUCCCACGUCCCUCUCUCAGCACUCAUCAUUUCCCAGGUACAGGUCUCCAGCAGCGUGCCGUCGGCUGGCAUCGGGGCCAGACCCCCCUGCCACUUCUGCCUCUUCCUCCUCAGCCUGGGCCUCGCCUUGCACUUGCUCUGGACACAUAACUGACUGCCCAUGAAAAGCGCAGAGUGUUCCUCCAUCUAAUUCUUCUGCCUUGUGAAAACCAUACAGGACUGCUGGUCUGUAGUUGAAUAGUGGCCAGGUAAACGCACUUGUCACCUCUCUUCACCACACAGUAUUUUUUUAAUCUGCCAAUAUUAGUAGGGUUUUUGUUUUGUUUUUACAAAUGUUAAAAUACAUUCUUCCAAAUACUAAUGAAAAGAGGAUGUCUCCUUCUGCUGGAUCACUGCCUUACAAUUUACAUUUUGCUUGUUUGGUGGGACCCCUACUCUAAACCAAAUUCAAAAUCACUGAUAAAUGAGAUGAUCCCUUUUUAGAAAGAUAACUCACUUUACUAUGGGCUUCGUAUCACAGAAACUUCAUUUCAGAAUUCCUGUAAGUAUUGAGGUGCCCCAGUGUAUACAUUUUGCUUUACAGAUAAUUACAUACUCUGUCUUGAAGCUAGGGGCCACAGGGAAGAGCCACUGCUAUUAGAGUAUGAAGUAAAGAUAAAGCAUCUUUGAAAUUAUCAUGUAAAUCACCAGGCAAAUUUAAUUUACAGAAAUUUAAUUCAGGAACCCAUCUGUUGUGUUAAGCAAAAGCAAGCUGAUUAAAUGACACAUAAUGAUAGAUGGUGACAGUCUCAGUGGUUACUAAUGUGGUUACUGUGACUUUCGUGAAAGAAAGUUACAUCGCAUCAAAGUGUCUUGCAUUAUGCAUUUUUAUAUUAACCAGAUGUAUAUUCUUUGGUAUUCAUCCAAGCUAAAUUUAGAGUUUUUAAACAUCAAUCUUUAAACCAAUUGCUGCUACUUAUAUAAUUGCCAAAAAGUGAAAUAAUGAGUAGUUCAUGUACAUAAUACAUGAUUUAUCUAUUUUAUUAUGAAGAAGGUGAAUAGCCAUGUUUGUAAAAUGACAAUCGUGUGUGUUAACCCAGUACUUUGCGUUCAUGAAGACACAUUCGCUUUUUGUGAUAUGCACAGUAUAGAUGAGUCUUCUCUCUCUUUUUUAUAUAGAAUUAUAAAGAAUUGUGGUUUAUAUAUUUACAAAUGUCAAUCUAAGUAUGAACAUGUUUGCAUGUUGUCUAAGAAAUUGAAUUCUUCGAAUGCGUUUCACAGUUUGAAAUAAGCUAUUCAAUGUAAUACUUCUUGUUUGUAUGCACCUAAACUUAGAUUUUACAUGAAGUAUUUUUUUCAGUAUUGUAUGUAGCCUCUGGAAUAUAUAGGGAUAUGCUUAUUUUACCAAAAUGUUGUGUAAAAGUGGGCACUUAAAGUUUUCAGAAUAUCUCAGUGCUGACGGAGCGUUGUUUGCUGCAGUGGCUUUUUCUAUAUAAAUGUCUUCACUGCAAGAUACUGGAAAGCUUUUCCAUUUUAAUAAAGAUAACUUUUAUAU